ACUUUCACCGGAGUGGAGAGGUCACGGCUCACGAAAAAAAGAUGAAUGUAUCAGCUUCGUAUCUUCGUCUUUUUUCGGCUUUCCUGUUUUUCUUCGCUACUGGUACGCAUGCUUACAACAAGUACAGUACCGCUUACCAGCGCCAUAUAGGCCGCAGGAUCCGAUGCGGGAUCAUGAAAACUCUAAAUACCGAUCCUCAAACAUGCAGAAAAACUUGCGCAGAAACUGCGAAAURUUUUUCAGUCAACAUCUUCAAAAAUGCAGGUGGUUCAACGACUUGUGAAUUGGUGAAGGGCUCAAGAGACGCAACCUAUAAGAAUGACUGCAUUCGGUUCAAUACUAGAGGAGAAAACUAUGAAUUUGAGUAUACACAAACCUGCUCUACCGACCAAAAAGAAUGCACCCCUAAAAGAUACAAGAAAGUAUUACCAGAUGGUUGGUAUCAACUAGGAUCAACUGCCUUCAAGUUGUUUCCCGAACAUCUUGACUGGCACAAGGCUGUCGCUGCUUGCACAGACAAAGGAGCGGCCAUUGCACAAAUAAAGAACGAAGAUGAAAACCAGUUUAUAACUCUUCUGCUAGACAAGCAAAGAACAGCAGGGAAGAAGUUGCCUUUGAGUAUCCGUCCCGUUGGACAUUGGAAACUUGAUGGUACUGAUAAGGGUCUAAAGCUCUAUGGACAAGCAAGAUUUGAAAAAGAUAUUGACGGAAUGACGGAUGUCCUUCAUCUCCCUUCAACCACCGUCUCACACGCUGAAACCCCAUCGUACGAUAUUCGUGGUACUAGCUUCACUGUGUCUUUCUGGGCCAAACUUACAAAAGGUGGCUUCGUUUACUCUCGUUGGGGAGGGCCGCAUCACUUUGCAGUUGUGGUUUGGUCAAGUGGGAAUGAUUAUGGUUUUAUCAUGUACGUUAUUACUGAACAUGGCAGAAAGGACGUAAAAUUGAAAGUCCCUACCUACUUCGAUAGAUGGGUCCACUACACGGCAGUAUGGGACCGGGCCAACGCUACAGCCUUUCUCUACGUGAAUGGGAAUAAAGUAUAUAAAGAAGAAUACAACGAGAACUACUCAAAAAUUACCCCAGGAUAUCUCUCUUCUACAUUCGAUGUGGGACUGAAAAGGGACGGCAAAAGCGCAAUCGAAGGCAGCCUCAGCCAGUUAUACUUGUUUGAUCGAGUCCUCUCAAGCAAAGAAGUGGAAAUCAUAAGAGAUUCUUUUUACAUGGGCAACAGCGCCUGGAUCGGUCUAAAUGACAUCAACACUGAAGGACGAUACAUGAUAGAUGACUCUCAAGUUGCAAGCUACAUUAACCUCGCCCCAGGCCAAAUAGCAAACGACGUCCAAGACUGUGUGUCAGUGAGGGCCUGGGAUGAAGGCAGGAUGGACGUCAAUCAUUGUCUAUACACGGCGUUGCCGUACAUCUGCAUGAAACAAGUGUAAGAGCUAGAAUUUAUUGACUCAGGAUCAGUCAUUGUUUAGGGA